AUGGCGGCCUACACAACGACCCAGUCCAGUCCAGGCCUCCUCGACACCCUGCGCAACACCUGGGGCUCCCGCGGCAACGCCAAGCCGGCGCUCGGCCUCGACCUCGAGCGGUCCUUUGAAGAACUCCAGACGCAGCGACCGAAGAAGGGUUUUCUGAGAAGCGUCGUGGCGAGCUUCUGCCUCGCGCCGGCCGUGCACGGCGAGCGCACUAACCCGAAACUGACCGAUGGCCUCACCGACGACGAGGAAGAUGCAGAUUCAGAAGCGACCACCGAAGUCGCUCCUCCUCUCUCAUUACGCUACACCGGCUUAGGACAGCCCUGGAACAUGAAAAGAGAGGAAGCAUUCCGGGCGAGGUUAGACAAGUGCCGCCGGUCGGGCGCGGUGCUCGUGCUGCUGCGGCAUGGUGAGUCCGACUGGAACGCCAAGGACCAGUUUACGGGCUGGGCGGAUGUUGGGAUGACGGACGAAGGCCGGAAGCAGGCCGUCAACGCCGGGCACCGGCUGGCGGCGUCCGGUGUGCGUCGAUUCGACGACUUGCACUCGUCCGCGUUGAAGCGGACGGUCGACACGCUGUCCGUCGUGUUGGAGGCGUUGUCUGGUGCCUCGUUGCCCAAGGGGCCUAGAGGUACGGUAUCGAGGAGCGAGAUGCCUCGGGGCACGCGCGACCAAUCCACCCAUUGUAGAGCGUGGCAGCUCAACGAGCGCCACUACGGCGCGCUGACGGGCGUGAAUAAAAAUGAUGCCAGAGAGCAAUACGGCGAGGCCCAGGUCAAGGCCUGGCGGCGGAGCUGGGCCUGCUCGCCGCCGCCCAUGAGUGACGACCACCCGUGCUACGCGGCUUUGCAGAGCGCGUACCGCGACGCCGGCGGCGACCCGGACGAGCUGCCGCGCUCCGAGUCCCUCUCCGCUUGUGAGAAGCGAACCACAGCCUACUACGAGAACGUGAUACGACCGCAGUUAGAAAGGGGGCGGAGCGUGCUGGUCGCGGCGCACAACAACGUCAUCCGCACGCUCAUGCAUCAUCUCGAUCGGCGCGGCUUCGGCGAGGUCGAUCAGGGAUUGGUCGCGGAGCUGUCCGCGUUGGACAUCCCCUACGCGACGCCGCUCGUCUACACGUUCUCGCGCGACGGUGGGCGUUUGGCGCCCUUCGCCGAUAACGCCGGUCACGGCGCGAUCCGCGGCACGUUCCUCACGUGAUUCCCAUGUCCACUACCGUUGUUGUGGUGUCCCCAAGAAGACUAAGAACCCUGUCCCCUACUUUCGCGUCGACGGCGUUUGGGGUGAAAACUAGUUUUAGGGCCGGCGAUUCUGCUGAUCGUCGUACUGGCCCUGGACGGCGUGUCGCUCCGAGAGGGGCGCAGUGAAGCGGACCGCGGGCUCACGGCGGCGCCGCCUUUUCGGCGCCGGCUCGACGGCGACGCGAGACAGCCCGGACGCCAGGACGUCCUCGUCGCGCCACGCGCCGUCGUUCGCGUUUACGUCAUCGAAGACGAGGCGAUGGACGCAGCCGUCGCGGCGCGGCCGUCGUGUGCCCGGCGGCGCCGGAGUAUCGGGGCGCGUCGCGGAGACGGCGGUCGGCGACGCCGCCUACGCGGGGACCCUUGGCGAUCUACGGCGCUUCGAAGAAGCCAAGUCGCUGAUGCUCCAAAGUAUACCCGUGGCGCGGCGUGUAUUCGGCGAUAAUGAUGAGACCACGCUCAAGAUGAGGACGAUUUACGCGGAGGCGCUCUACAGGGACGACGUUGCCACGCUCGACGAUCUCCGCGAGGCCGUGAGGACGCUCGAGGACACGGCGCGGAUCGCACGGCGCGUGCUCGGAGGCGCGCACCCGGUCACAAUGGGGAUUGAGAGCGAACUGCAAAAGUCUCGAGCGGCGCUCGGGGGGAGUUCUAAGGGAAGCAACUAAUC